AUGCCAGGCUUCGAGAUAAGCCUCGAGGAAGGCCCUGAACCAGGAUCGCGGUGGACGCUCGUGUUCGACGGUGCUUCUAAUGCUCGAAGCCAUGGCAUAGGUGUUGUUAUCUUAUCUCCGACCGGUUUCCACCUUCCAUUUACCGCUAGAUUAUGUUUUUACUACACCAACAACAUGGCAGAAUAUGAAGCACGUAUCUACGGUUUGGAGGCGGCGAUCAACUUAAGGAUCAAGAUUCUGGAAGUAUACGGAUAUUCAACUCUGGUAAUAAGUCAAGUAAAAGGUGAUUGGGAGACUCAGGAUAGCCAGUUGAUACCUUACAAGGAGCAUAUCAGGAAACUGGUACCCUACUUUGAUGAAAUAUUUUUUCAUCAUAUUCCUAAGGAAGAAAAUCAGUUAGCAAAUGCUCUAGCCACGUUGGCAUCUAUGUUUAAAGUCAAAUGGAAGAAUGAAGCACCAGCUAUCCAUAUUGACCACUUGGAUGAACCAGCACAUUGUCUAGCAAUCGAGGCUGAUCAUGAUGAUAAGCCCUGGUUCUAUGACAUAAAUACAUUCCUAGACAAACGAAAAUAUCCCGAGGGCAUAUCCAUCACUAAUAAGAAGGCUUUAAGAAGACUCUCUUCCAAGUUCUUCCUAAACGGUGAUGUGUUAUACAAGCGAAAAUAUGAUUUUAUACUGCUCAGAUGCGUGGAUAGACACGAAGCUAGUACGAUCAUAAAAUCCAUACAUGAAGGCUGCAAGGGUGUACAUGCAAAAGGUCCUACUAUGGCCAAGAAGAUCCUUUAG